GACUAUCAGGAAGCUUCUAAUUUGGAGCAGUUUGUGACUCGCUUUCUGUUGAAGGAAACACUGAACCAGCUUCAGUCGCUGCAGAGCAGCCUGGAGUGUGCCAUGGAGACCACGGAGGAGCAGACGCGGCAGGAGAGACAAGAUCCAGCAAAACCAGAAGUGCUCUCAAUUCAAUGGCCAGGAAAACGCUCAGCUCGAAGGCUUCAGAGGAACAACAGCCUGUCACCAAACAGCCCUCAUUUUAGCACAGGUUGGAUUGAGGAAGACAGCCAGUGGAUGACCCAGAUAAACAGACUCCAAAAGCUGAUUGACAGGCUGGAAAAGAAGGACCUAAAGCUUGAGCCAUUCGAAGAGGAAGUUUUGGAAGAAAAUGCAAAAUCUCACAUCAUGAUUGUUCAACGUCAAAUGUCUGUGAUAGAAGAAGAAAUUGAGGAAUUCCGGCUUGCUCUGAAGCAAUACGUGGAAUCUGCUUCUACUCAGGGUGGCUGCUUGCAUGUUUCCAUACAGAAGCUUCCAAGUGAUUCCCGCUUCAUUGUUUAUGAGUUCUGGGAGAACAGCAGUGCCUGGAAUAGCCACCUUCAAAUGAAUUACAGCAAGACAUUCCAAAGAAGUAAUGUGGACUUCUUGGAAACUCCAGAGCUCAUCACAACAAUGCUAGUCCCUGCAUCAUGGUGGAUCCUCAAUAACAACUAGAAGCUGUGGUUUCAAGUAAUGUUAAUGUUGCAUUGUUUUCCAUUACAGUAACAUUCGCUUAGCAGUGUACAGGUGUGCUGGGGUAUGAAUUUAUGAUGUGAUACUGUUUGUUAUUAUGGAUGUGAUCCUUCCCAUUUUAAAUAUGGAAAAUUGCACAUUUAUUACCUUCUCUUCUUGUGACUAGUUCAGUGAAAUGCAUUCUAAAAGAUGAAAUAUGAUAACUACGCUAAACUGUUUAUUGUGUAUAUUCAGUCCAAACUGUCACAGAAAAGUGCACAUUGACUGGUAUGACUAAAUAUUUGUGAAAAGUUU